AAAAAGAAAACGUCAUAUCACAGGGACAAAAUAUGGAGGGCAUGACUUUUUAAGUUUUUAAUUUGUUCUUAUCCCGAACUAACGUUUUUCCCCGCCCGCAAUGUUGGCCUGUAAACGAAUCUGUAGCAACACCGUAAUCUCCGCGCUUCGUAGCCACCGAGUAGCUGUUUCUGGUCAGAUCGUGCAGAGAUGUUUGUCCACACAAACAGACGGAGAGGUCCGCAUCGCAGAAGUACUGAAAGAGAAGUUUCCUUUGGCUUCAAAGCUCAAAGUUGUGGAUAUAUCAGGUGGRUGUGGGGCCAUGUAUGAGAUCCAUAUAGAAUCCAGUGAGUUCAAAGGAAAAAGGACAGUUCAGCAACACCAAUUAGUCAAUCAGGCACUCAAGGAUGAAAUUCGAAGCAUGCAUGGCCUGAGAAUAUUUACUGAUGUCCCAAAACAGUAGAAAAACACCCUCCAUUUUUGCCCCUCAACAUUGUUUUUUUUUUUAGUUUUACAAAUGAGAUUGUAUUGACAUAGAAGAUAUGUUGUCACUAAGCAGAGCGUAAGUUGAUGUGUUUGAUCAUAACAGUUUGAGGGCUAGCAGCAGAAACAGGGCCUGAAAUUUGCUGUGGGAUUGCGCAUAUGAUCGAUUUCCGCAAAUCAAAUUUUUAUAAUGCGGGAAAUUCCCGCACAGAAUAAAUUCCAACGAUGUGUAAUAAUGUGAGCAUUUGCAUCAGACUAUUUUUAGAUGACAACCCGUACCGUAUAAACAGAAGACACACGGAGGCAGAGAGAGAAAGAGAAGGGGUGGGGGCUGAACGUCUCCAGACACCAUGUAACAUCGCCAAAACUAGUUGAUAUGACAGAAUAAGUACAACUUUCCCAAUAGUAGCAACGCGUUCCUGAUAACUUCUCUCCAUCAUCCUGAGAUGUGUGAAUCCUGCGAGUUUGGGACUUUUACUUCCUGUUUACUACACACAUCUGACAUAAAGAUUUGCUUCAUGCCAGUUGAUGGAAA